AAUUCCGUUUACGUUCGCUGAUUUUGGCGGGUUUUUUUCUUCUUUGAUGGAGAUGGAAUACUCUCCUUGAAACUAUGCAGAAAAUCCUUGCAUUACUUACAAAUUACUGACUCGCAACUUGAAGAUUUGGCAGGAUACAGCUUAGCGAAAUCUAUGGUAUUGCUGGUGGUAUAAAGUUGAGGCUGAGUAUGGUUACUGAAAUAACGGUGACAUAGUCAAGGAAUCGUGUGGGAGAUCCUUUUUCCGGUUAAAGUGCGAGGAUCAAACAUCCAAUAUUCUAGAAAUUCAGAUGCACGAUUUCUUGGCUUCGCAUUGCUCAACAUGGACUAGGGAGCUGUUAGCGAUCAGGCGUCUGCCAGAACUUGUUCUCUGAACGGCUGACCUCUACUACAAUACAGCGAAGCCUGGCUAUGCAUGAGAUUCCUGCAAGAGACAAAAAGCAUGAGAUGCAGUUGCAACUUACAAACAAAAGAAGAAACCAAAAUUAUUCGAUAGAGGAAGUGAGAAGCCAGGAGAUGUCCGGAAGAAGGAUGAUGAAAGAAGAGGAACCUUUCAUCAUCAGACUCCAUAGCUUUCAAAGGGAACCGAAUCAGACAAAAGCUUGGGGAGGAUUAAAGAAAAAACUGGAAGCGAGAAGCAGGGAAGGGUUAAAAGCUGUUCGACGAAAUGCCUCAAAGAACUAUUUUGCACUCAAGGCUGGUUUUUCAACCAAGUUUGUGGGCUAUGGGAUGUGGAUGGUCCAAGAUGUUGUACACAGCUUCAUUCCAGCAACUACUUUUGGUGUAUGCCAAAUUGACAAGCUGUUUGUAGGGCCAAAUUAUGAGAGGUUUCUGUUUCUGAUUUGGAGUGGAUGGGGGCUUGAAGGGCGUAGGCCCAGAGGAGAGCCGCAAGCAAUCAUUGCUUGUUUUGGAUGCUGCGGCUGAGAGGCUGUGUUCUUUCUGUUCUGAGUUUGAUGGACUUUCAUGGUGGGAAGAAGAGAGAAAAGAAAAGAAAAAAGUUGGUUUUAGUUUAAAUGCCACUGAUCAAAAGGUGAUUGCCGGCGCAGCAAUUGCAUAACUAUGAAUUUAAAGGGGGAAAAGUAGAAACCCCCAUAUUGUUUAAAGGGUUUAAUGUUUGAUGCUCAAAUUAUUGAUCUAAUGAUGAUAUUUUUUAGAACGUCGGAAUCAUUGGUAAUGCAACAAGUUCGGGGAACAGCAAGUUGAAUCAAAAGUUUGAGAGUGUAGUUAUAGCAUCGUUCAUUGCGUACGAAAUUUGAAAUUGUGUCGGAGUGUCGAAUUGUAUGCUAAAAGAACAAAGUGUGCACGGUGUCAA